AUGGAAAGUCUUUCUCACUCAAAGACAUCGCCUAGUUGGGCUGCCUCCGACGUAUCUAUUUUCCGCCAGUUGUGCCCUCGGUGGUCUCCCACCUGUUGGAACCACCAGAUUUGUUUAAGCUUUCUUCGUGUAGGAUUACUCUGGAGGCUACGCCGGUCAUUCACCGAGAUGGGUUUUUUCCGUUGUCUCUCUUUCUCCAGAUCUCGUGGAGGCGCUUCACCGGAAAUUCCUCAACUAGUGUCUUCUUCUUGGGAUCCGCCUUUGAUUCCCAAAGAAUUAUCUCCCUUCAUGGGAAAUGCUACACCGUCGAUUUUUCUCUUCUGGCUCUUCAAAAAUUCGAACGCUUUGGACUCUUCAAGAGUCUGGUGACUCCAUUAACAUUGGGUUCCCUUUCGGUCACUCUGUGUGAUGGACUUCUCACCACUAUAAUCUCUAGAUUGUUAGAUCUGGUGGUUAGAGAUCUUGUAUCGGCCGAGCAUGUCUCACCAUUCCACCAUCGUGCCCUAAAGUCAAACCACCUUCUCCACCUCGUUUGAGACAUUCCUCCGCAAACUGGAAUGGUUCUCCGAUGAUCAACGACCGCCCUCCUCUACCCUCAAAACGCUAUAGUUUCUCCUAGAGUUUCUAGUGAUGGACAAAAUUUGGGCAUAUUUAGUAGUGGGCUAUGAUCUGGAUUUGCUUCUAAUGCACUUUACAUAUCAAAUACCCAACCCAAAAUUGUUUUUGCAAGAGAACAUCUUCAAAUUCCUCCC